CCCCCCAAGCUCAGGCCAGACCUACUGGAGUGUGAGGAGGAGAGUUAUGCAGACUGGAGCUCAGCCCAGAGCCAGAGCCUGACGGCAAACGGGGCCACCCAGAACCACUUCUCCUCAACGACCUCCAGCCGACUGACUUCCACCGCGAGAGACAGUGAAACCUUCAGCAGCGACACCCCCCCAAUCUCACCCAUCCUCUGUAGACCGGGGAAGGGCGUCCACCAGCUGGCGACAGGUCCUGGGGAUGUUCAGGGACUCCUCCAAAUGACAGGGACUGCCGUGGCAACCAGCAACACAGAGAGGACACGGCUUGUUGAAGAGAGUGAGAGCUUGAGGGAACCGACGGCUGUUUGUUCGUUGACCUUGGGGUCAGAAAAAGGCACAGUUUGUCAACUGGACGUUUGUUGCCUUUAGUGCAACUAGACAGAAAGAGUUCUAAUUGACUGACUAUACCUGAGAGGCGCAUUGGUGGACAAUAUAAGGUGUCUUUGGAAGAAACAAAAGAGAGAAAUACUGAAGGGUGAGUAAAAGGUAUCUUCUGCCUGACAGAGAGAAAGAGAGAGAAAAGAGGAAAGGCUAUAAGUGAUAGGUAGAACAGACAGGUAGAAUGGCCAACUCUGGAUUUCAGCUCCUGGGCUACUUCUUGGCUCUGGGGGGAUGGAUUGGCAUCAUCUCGACCACAGCUCUACCCCAAUGGAAACAGUCAUCCUACGCGGGAGAUGCCAUCAUCAUGGCGGUGGGUCUGUACGAGGGCCUCUGGAUGUCCUGUGCAUCUCAGAGCACAGGACAGGUGCAGUGCAAGAUCUUCGACUCCCUUCUUUCACUGGAUGUGCACAUCCAGACGUGCCGUGCCUUGAUGGUCAUCUCGGUGUUGAUGGGCUUUAUUGGAAUCAUUGUCAGCGUUGUAGGCAUGAAGUGCACCAAAGUAGGCGACAACAACCCGCAGACCAAGAGCAAAAUUGCUGUCGCUGGAGGGGCCCUCUUCCUGCUGGCCGGAUUGUGUACACUUGUAUCUGUGUCCUGGUAUGCUACACAAGUCUCCUAUCACUUCUUUGACCCCAACACACCUGUGAAUGCCAGGUAUGAGUUUGGCUCUGCACUGUUUGUGGGGUGGGCAGCAGCCAGCCUGACCAUCUUGGGUGGGUCCUUCCUCUGCUGUUCCUGUUCCAACGAAGACAGGAGGAGUCAGCAGUACUACCGGCAAUCGCAGCCCUCCACGGCCAGGGAGGCUGAGUUGUUGAGUGAGACUAGUUUCCCCGACUGACCAACCCCCCCAGCCUUUUUUCGAAGACUGUUCCGAGCUCCACUGUUUGUCUCCAUCCCCUUCUGCUCCUCCUUCCUUCACUCAAAACUGGGAGCCUUGUCACUCUGCUAUAGAAUUUGUUCCGCUCCUUCUCUCUCUCUCUCCUUGAGAUGUGUGUUCCUGUUUUUAUCCGCAUGUGAUAUUUAAGUGAGGUUGGAAAAUGUUCCCCUGCACCUGUAAUAAUCUGACCUUUCCCACCGCAACCCUGCCUCUGUAAAUAUGAUUUUCUUUAGGAUAUGAAUCUGUGCAAACACCCUGUACGACAGGGCAUUCUACCUACGUGUGUACACAUGACUGGCGUUUUUGUUUAUUAUUUGUUUUUAAUUUACCAUUUAUGUUAGCCUGUAUGAUUCAAGUCAUAUGAAUAUCUUAAGAUGCACUAUGACUUCUAAGAUUAGAUUAUGACUUUCCUUUGAUUUUGGGUUUCUGUGUUUGAUUUGUUUAGUUUGGUUUCAGUUACAAGUGUACAUUCACUUAAACAUGUUCUUUUCUUUUAAAUUGCAGACCAAAUGUUAAAAGUUCUCCACCAGACAAAGGGGAGCAGUACUUAUAGUUUGGGAGAGUGAACGCCACCGCUGAUACACACACUGUUAGAGACACUCUCACUAGUUACAAAGGAGAAACAAAAAAAGGAGAAUUGAGAAAAUGUAAGAUGUAAAAGUACCAUACGUGUCACAGACCCAAAUGGAGCAUAUUCCUGCAAUAAACACAUUUACCAAACAUUCCUGUUUAAAAGCUUAAUACAUUCUUGAACCAUCGUACUGUACAACAUUGCCUCUUGUGAGUGAUGCGCUUGACAAGCAAUUCAACCAUCAAUGGUGCAGGGUUAAAAAGUAGUCAAAAAGUAUGGUAUGUGCAAUGUUAUUUUGGUUUAGAACUUCAUAUAUAUAUACAUGAAUUUGGCUUAGUGACAAAUGUGCCUUAUGAAGACUCAUUAGUAAAUGUAAAGAUAUAUGGCAUUUGGGUGCAACUUCUUUCAGGGUAAACAGUGAUGAAACAAGCAUGCAACUGUGUUCCAUUAUUUCUUUGUAUUGUAAUUCACAAUUUCAAUGGUUAUUUACUUUAUUUUUUAGAUUUUGUUUUAUUUUUGCUAAUUGACAUGACUCAGACCUUGUAUAGCCUAUCUGGAGCUGUUCCUUUUUGUUAAAAGCAACUAUAAUCAUGUUUUUUUCUGUUUGUUUUUUUUGUUUUCCUGCAUAAGAUGUAGAAACAUAAGAGAUCUGUUGCAUCCAAUUAGUUCAUGUUGGAAGUGUGUAGCCAACCAGCUGUGUGAAUUCUUAGGAUUUGGGAGAAAAAAAAAAGAGCCAACUUCUAAAGAAACCCCAUUUGGAUUAUUACACUGAGUUCCAUGGUGCACAUAUGAUUUGUGUUGAUGAAUGAUACAUUCAGCAUGCAUUGAAUUGCACUGUUGACUGAAGAAGCUUUGUCACAUAGCGGGGUCAAAUAUGUAACGGGCCAAUUUUGUGGAAUGUAAUCCCAGAUAUUUUAGUUGCAUACGUCAUAGAAUAUUCUAUCUAAUAUUCACCGUUGUGUACCAUCUCAUAUAAACUGUUAUCAUCUCUGUUUAUCUGUUUUGACAUAAAUAAAUACAGGAAAAUUGAUAUAA